AGAGAGAGUUACUGACAGUACGCACAGAAAACAGCUCCUGCUGAAGAACCACCAGGAAGCUGUCCUGCAGUCUCAUCUGCCUCUCAAGUCUCCGGCCUUGUCUCUCUCUGCCGGUCCAAUGGCAGACAGCAGGGAACGCAUUCGUGGCCCCUCGCGGGAUGGACGCGAGUUCCUCACUAGCCCGAGGCAGGUUCUACGCCGCCUGAUGCUUCUUUCCGAGGGAAGACAGUACCGCGAAGCCGCAGGAGUCGUCGGAAGGUUGGGUCCCUCUGUCCUACGCUCGGUAAUUGCCGAGCUGCCGCUCGACCUGCUGCUGGAGCAUCUGCCACAUAGUGCCUACUUGCUGGAGUCCUUCUUCACAAGGUUGACCACCCUAAACACAACUCCCAAGCCGGAUGUUCCUAGCGAGACCGUGGCCUGGCAGCUUGUCCGGCUCUUUGCAAAUCCCCACGAGUCCGGACUGCGACAGAGAUGCACCAAGCUGCUCCAGGCUCUGGCGCAAUACGAGCCCAAUCUCCGACAAAGCUUGCGCGAGCGGCGCCGCAGCUUCGACAAUGCUGUGCAGGGAUUGGGGGUGCACGGGCUGACCACGGAUGCCUCGGGGCAGCUUAUCUCGCUGCACGUGGCUUUGAAGACAGAGCUGCAGCGACACGUCGAGACCUAUAAGAUGGCUAUACACAAGCUGGAGGAACUGAGCAUGGUGACGAUCAACCAGGAUCCGGCCCAUUCCUCCCACCAGCGCCUCCUGGCCAUCAACUACGGAGACAUCCAGCAGCGGCUGAUAGACAACAAAACGCUGCUGACCAUGUUGGACAAACCCACGCUAAAGCAACUCCAAACGCUCGUCGAGAAUCUCAGCACCCGCGUAGAGAACGACAAGGAAGUCCUCUCCUGCGUGGGACAGGUGAAGCGCCUAGACGCACAUGCCAACGUGGAGAAGCGCCCAGCCGCCGGUCUCCUGAUGAAUUUCUCGCGCGGAUGCGAGGUCGUCCUACACAUGAUGGGGCCGGAGAGCGUUCCACCAAAUCCCCUGGCCAUAGAAGAGGUCCCCGUGACUGCCGGUGGGAGCAGCUGUAGCGAUGGCUACCACUCGGACGACUCCGCCAGCGAUGACGGCAGUGAAAUGGUGUCGCUCUAUCGAAAUCAGUACAUAGAGAACCGAGCAGAUGCCCUAGAGGCGUUGGACAGUCUGCCCCAGCUGAAGCACGCGCACAGUCUAAAGGGAAAGAUACUCUUCUCCAUGAUCGUGCUUUCUUUCCGCCUUUGCCACGCGAUGCGGGAGCGGAAAGUGAUGGAGGUGCGCCGGGUCCUUAACUGCGCACUAGACAGCAGCAGCGAAUCGACCUUGGCCCUGGAUCGGGCUGUGCGCCACCAUCUGCACGAGACCACGGACAGUUUUCCCCUAGGCGAGAUUGAGCGGUCCGUCUUCAACCAGGUUUUAUCCACACUUCACGAGUACCCAUGCCUGGAAUCGUGUCCCCCACUCACCCACUAUGUGAGCGCCUGUGUACGGCUGGCUUGGCGCAUGAUCAACCAGAAGGCUCCCUAUUAUCUGGACAUGGACUUCAGUCUGGGCUUCCUCCGGCCCGAGAAGCACGAACGUCAUCCGAAAUCUGACCGACGCUCGGACCUUAUUAAGGCCUUCCUUUGGCCGGCGCUGAUGCAGAAUAACCAGUGCGCCUUCAAGGCAGUAGUGGCCACCUGAG